AUGUCCAGACCAUGGCGCACUUGCCUUGCUGCAGAGGUCGCUUUGGCAAGUUCGGUCAUAAGCGACCGACCCCACAACAUCGAGGAGUUUCCAAGAGUGAUCUGGUCUUUCUGGCAUGAUGAGCAUUCGGUUCCGGCGCCUGUCCAGCUGGCACAUGCCAGCUGGAAGCACUUCGCUCCCGACUACGAGCUGCGUCUCCUGAACGGCAACAACUUCAAGGAGUACUUGGCCCCUGGUGAGCCAGACGUUGCUCCAAACUCCUUUCACAUGAUGCACCUUUUUGCUGAUUGGCUGAGAGUGAGCUUGCUUGCAGCCUUCGGUGGUGUCUGGAUCGAUGCGACCUUUCUGCUGACUGCCCCGCUGGAUUUGCUGGUCAAUCACACUGCGCGCAUCAGCGGAAUGCACUUGGAGGCAGCCCUCUUCGAAAAUUAUUUCUUGGCCGCAAAGCCGAAGGAUGAAAUCAUCGAGAAGUGGCGCGACGAAGCGGUUCAAACCGGCAGGAUGACACAGGACGAGUACGACGUUUAUCUCACAAAGUUGAAGGCAGACGGCAUCGAGCCCCUGAAUGGGCACAUGGCGGAGUGCCACUGGCGAAGCGAGUCGCCUUUUCACGAGAUUGCACAUUGGAUUUUGCACCGAGCCGUUGCAGUUGUCAACUUCUUUGUUGGCUAUACCAACUUCUAUCUGCACCCUUGCGGAGAGCACUUCUGGAUGCAAUACUACAGGGCAUGUGUGGCGUUCAACACGGUCGUGCGCGCCGAUGGCAGCGACAUCACCAAGGUGUGUGAGCGCUUAGGCAUACACGCAGUCGACUCCAUCCAGACCGUGAACUCUGUGGCGGUGUCCAAGGGCUGGAACACAACGCGAAUAGCUACAUUUCUCAUGACCAGCGAGAGUGAGUUCUUCGACUUCUUGCCGGUUCGUGGCAUCAAGCUUCGUUCGAAAGAGCGCCAAAUGCUGAUGGAGAUGACAUCGUGUGAGACGGGCAGUAUUAUUUGCCGGCUACAGUCGCUGAUCGGAGCGUCACCCUUCCGAGAACGAGCUCCAGCGUCCAAAGUGGCUGGAGACACGAAUACCGAGCUUUGA